AAUGUUUACAUCUCGGAGCAAAUUAAGGUUAUGUCACCACAACUAGUCACAAGUCUAGUGGUCAUACAGUGCUAAUGAGAUUUUUCAGGGUGUGAAAUCAUAAUCAAAUGUUAACCUUAAGUUUAUCGAAAUGCUGUCUUUACGUAGUUUAAAAACCAUCUGCAAAACCCGUUUAAUUUCCAUUGUCAGAUUUAGUAGUACUAAAAAAAAAUUUGAAGAUGUAGAUAUAUGUAACAUUCGAAAUCUCGGAAUUUUAGCUCACAUAGAUGCAGGCAAAACAACUUCAACAGAACGGAUGCUCUAUUAUUCAGGCCUUAUCAACCAAAUGGGUGAAGUCCAUCAUGGAAACACUGUCACUGAUUAUAUGGACCAAGAAAGAGAACGAGGCAUUACAAUCACAUCGGCAGCUGUUACCUUUUAUUGGAAGAAAAACCAAUUUAAUCUGAUCGAUACACCUGGCCAUAUAGAUUUUACAAUGGAAGUCGAACAGACUCUAAAUGUUUUAGAUGGAGCUGUGGUUAUUUUAGACGCCUCUGCAGGUGUCGAAGCUCAAACAAUGACAGUGUGGAGACAAGCUGAUAAGUAUAAAAUUCCUAGAAUUGUGUUUAUAAAUAAGAUGGACAGGAAUGAUGCGAAUGUAUUAUAUUGUUGUCAAUCAAUUGAAGAAAAGUUGCAAGUUCCUACACUUUGUACACAGCUACCACUUAUUCAGAAUGGAGUGUUUACAGGAAUAAUCGAUACGAUAACAAUGGAAAAAAUCAUUUAUGAGAAAAACGAUGUUAACAAAAUCUCUCGAAUAAAAAUAUCUGAGAAAUCUGAGCCCGCGCUAUGGAAUGAUGCUAAUGAAGCCCGAUCGCGUUUGGUUGAUAUUCUGUCCGCUCUUGACGAUACUUUAGCUAAUUUGAUAAUAUCAUCAGAAUCGUUUGAUGCUGUUACAGCGUUAGAUAUCGUUAAAGCCCUCCGUCAAGUAACGUUAGACCAGAAAGCAGUACCUAUUUUAAUGGGUAGCGCAUACAAAAAUAUAGGUAUUCAACCAUUAAUGGAUUCCGUAAUUUUAUACUUACCUUCCCCCAUGGAUCGAAACAAGCACUUUACUUCUUUUGAAGAAAAUACUUGUGCUCGAGCAUUCAAAGUUCGACACGACCGUCAAAAAGGCCCUUUGGUUUUCUUUCGUAUAUAUAAUGGUAACAUUAGCAAGGGUCAAAAGCUCUAUAGUAUUCAAAGGGAGAUAUCAGAACAGUGUGGCAAGUUGUACAUCGCAUAUGCCGACGAUUUGAAAGAAGUUGAUAGUAUACAAAAUGGUAAUAUCGCGGUGGUGUCGGGUUUAAAACAUAUAAUGUCUGGCGAUUUAGUGACGAAUUCUCAAACCACAGCUCAAAAAGCAAAAAAUAAAAUGCUAAAAUUAACAACGAAGAAAAAUACUGAACUGAAAGAGGAAAGUGUGGAGAAUCUGUUUGGGGUUGGUCCACAAAUUCCAGAACCGGUUUUCUUUUGUUCAAUCGAACCUCCAAGUCUAGCUUAUGUGAACGCUUUAGACAAUGCUUUGAACGAACUACAGCGCGAGGAUCCAAGUUUGAGGAUCACUCAUGAUGCUGAAACGGGUCAAAUAGUUUUAUCAGGAAUGGGGGAGUUACAUUUAGAGAUUAUUAAAGAUCGAAUUAUAAAAGAGUAUAAAAUCGAAGCAGAUUUAGGACCACUGCAGAUUGCGUAUUGGGAAGCACCGGUGAAUAGACUAACUGACAGUUUAUUAAUGGACACGAAAAUAGGAAAUAAUAAACAAAUGGUGAAUGUAAUGUUGUCACUGAUACCUACCGAUAAAUUUAUUCCACUUACCGAUGUUAUGAAAUUAGAUAAGAGUCCUGAUGCUGCAAGUAACAUUGCUACGAUUUUUCCCAGACAUUUGUUAGCUAUUAGAAAUGGCAUUGAAGUGGGUCUGACACAUGGUCCUAAAAUUGGGUGUCGGGUGGUAAAUACUGAAAUCAUGUUACAUAAAUUUGAAGUCGGAAGAGGAACUUCAGAGAGUAUAAUUUCAGCUGCUGUUACUCAACUUGUGCAGAAAUUGAUACGAGAAUCAGGUACGAAUAUAUUGGAACCGAUUAUGUACAUGGAAAUUGCCAUGCCAGACGAGUAUAUGCCAACUGUAAUGGCUGAUUUAGCAAGACGGAGACCUGAUAUACAAAACGUAACCCUGCGGGGGACGAUGAAAGUGAUUGUGGUAAAUGUACCCUUAGCAGAAUUAUUAGGAUAUUCAACUGUUUUAAGGACAAUAACAGGAGGAACAGCAACUUUUACAAUGGAAUUUUCGGAGUACAGAAUAAUGACAGCUUCUGAAGAAAAUGUCGCCAUAAAAAGUGUGAGAGGGUUUUGAAUUUUUAAGUGAUAUUUUUACUUGUUCUUAAAGACAUUUUUGCCAAAGAUACAUUUUUUGUGUAAAUAAAGUUAAAUACGUUUUUCGUUGUAAGUAAA